AUGCUCACAACUGUCGCUAACGUUCGUCGAGUCGCAUUGUGUGGAACAAAAAUCACCUGGUCGUUUCACAAACGUACUCAAACAGGAGUUUCAUCUAUCGAAACGCAUCCAAAAUCGGUACUGGUGGUUGGAGGUGGACUGGUUGGAUUAUCAACAGCAUUGUUCUUAGCUUCGCGAGAUGUACCAACUGUGCUAGUCGAAAGACAUGCUGGAAGUUCACUGCAUCCUCGAGCAAUUGGCUACACACCAAGAACACUAGAGCUAUUUCGUGCCGUUGGACUCGAAUCACGUAUUCCGCAAGCACCUGCAAAUUUCCGACUCCGCCGCGCGAAAGCUGAAAGUCUGUCAGGAAAAUGGUUCGAAGAAAUCCCAUACACACCACCAACAAAACAGACACAACAGACACAACCAGUUGAGUACUCACCAUGCAGGGGCGCCGCAAUCGCCCAAGACCGUCUCGAGCCGAUCCUUCGUGAGAAGGCGAUCGAACUUGGUGCCGAUGUCAGAUUUAAUACCGAGCACAUCCGCUUCGAACAAGAUGCCAACGGUGUUGUUGCUUGGUUGCGUGAGCGAAAUGGAAAGGAAUACACUUUACGAGCCGCCUAUAUGGUGGCGGCAGAUGGUCAUCGUAGUCCAAUUCGCACUGCGUUGGGUAUCAGUCGCAGUGGACGUGGUCAUAUUCGAUCUGUACGAAGUGUUCUAUUUCGCGCUGACCUUGAAGAAUAUCUUCGGGCAGGUGUUACGCAAUUCGAAAUAAAACAGCCGGACUUCGAAGCUUUUCUCACCACGUACGGGGACGGUCGAUGGGUUCUGAUCUUUUCAGACGACAAAGAACGUGACGAAAAAUCACUGAGAACAAUGAUUUCUAAGGCGAUUGGUAGAUCAGAUCUGGAGAUCGAGAUUCUCACAACCGGUCAUUGGGAGAUAACUGCACUUGUUGCAGAUAGUUUUGCAUCUGGCAGGAUAUUUCUUGCUGGAGAUGCAGCUCAUACGUUGCCACCUAGUCGCGGUGGCUAUGGUGCAAACACAGGUAUUGAUGAUGCGCACAACCUCGCAUGGAAGCUAUCGUCCGUAUUGUCUGGUACAUCGACAGAAAAAUUGCUCGACACCUAUGACGCUGAACGGCGUCCAGUCGCACAACUUCGUCACCAGCAGAUAUUCGUGCGAAUGGAUUACAAGGCAGACGCCAAUGAUACAGCAAAAGAUGUACCAAUCAUCGAUGAGCAAGCGAUAGAAUUUGGGCAAUUGUAUAGAUCUUCGGCAGUGCUAGGUGCUGGUGAGAAGCUUCCACCAGCAUUACGACCUGACCAAUGGGCCGGUCAGCCUGGAACGCGGGCGCCACAUGUUUGGGUAUCAAAAGACGGGAAACGACUCUCAACACUUGAUCUACUCCAAUCUAGCUGGGUGGUACUUGCGGAAGAUGAGCGUUGGUGUACGGCUGCAGCGAAAACUAGCGAACAGCUUGACAUAAAAAUAAAGUGCUUUCAAAUCGGCACCGAUGUAAUACCGGCCGAUUUAGAAGCGUUUCGUACGGCUUUUGGUAUGGGAACGACAGGCGCCUGCUUGAUUCGCCCUGAUGGAUAUAUCGCGUGGCGCUCUACUGACAUACCAACGAGCCCUCUUCAUGCGCUGACCGAUGCCCUCAAGUUGGUGUCAUCCGCUAAGAUUUUGGCUUGA